AUGGAUAAUCUUCAUAAAAAUGCUAAAGCUGGAUUUCAAACAAAUGAGGCAGCACAAAACUAUGUUAAAGGAAGACCAACAUAUCCAAUUGAAUCAGUUGAAUAUAUGAGAGAUAAUCUCGGUAUCGAUAAGGAUUCGGUUGUAGUUGAUUUAGCAUGUGGCACAGGUAAAUUUACCCAGGUUUUAGCAUCGGUAUUUAAUAAUGUCACAGCAGUUGAGCCUUCUAAACAAUUUAUUGAACAAUGUGAUAAUGUUUUAAAAAAUAUUAAAGAAACUUCUAACCCAUCUUUACAAUAUAAGGUUAUUGAGGGUUUAGCUACCUCCAUCCCAGUACCUGACAACUCUGUUGAUUUAUUAACAACAGCACAAGCUUUUCAUUGGUUUUCAAAUAUCGAAACCAUUAAAGAAAUUUCACGUGUACUAAAACCAAAUGGAAAAUUAAUUUUAGUAUGGAACAGCAAUAAAGAAGAUAAUCCAGAGUACAACCAAAUCAUUAGCUUAUAUAGAGAUAAGCGUUUUAGAGCUGAAGAGUCACCUUCCUUUUACUCAGGUGAAUGGAUGAAGGUUUUCGAUGAAAUUAAAGAAAGUCCAGAGUUAAAAAAAUUCAUCGAUCCAAAUCUUGACUUAAAGACUUUUAAACACAACCACUACACUAAUUAUGAAAAGGCAUUGGGACAUGCACUUUCAAUCAGUUUUAUUUCUCUCUUGGAUGAACCAACAAAAGAAAUUUUUAUUAAAGAAUUUAAAGAUCUAUUCAACUCUUUCGAACUUACAAAGGGUAAUAAAGAUUUCUCAAUUGUUUUAACAACUCAUCUAUACAUCACUAAAAAACCAUCAUUACAAUAA